GUCUUGGCCAAUGGUCUGGACAACAAGCUGCGCGAGGAUUUGGAGCGCCUGAAGAAGAUCCGGGCCCACCGGGGCCUGCGCCACUUCUGGGGCCUCCGUGUCCGCGGGCAGCACACCAAGACCACCGGACGCCGGGGCCGGACGGUGGGCGUCUCCAAGAAGAAGUGAAACCUCCGUGCGAAUAAAAUGUUUCCCACCCA